CAAGAGACACAGCAGUAGCAGUCUUAGCAGCACCAGAAGCAGCAGUAGUAGCAGGAGCAGCUGGUAUUCGGGUGAUUAAAUAGUUCUCAUAGCCUUUUUGCUGUUCUCUGACUGCUCCCUGGUGUAAUUUCCAUGUCCAAGAAGGAAGCUGCAUUUUAACGGUGUGCUGAACAGAGGUUUGAAUCAUUCCAGCUGGCUGCUUGUUUUGAAAAGGACAGUAUGUGUAUAAAUAAAAUGUGACUGUGCUGGAAGAGUUCACUGACUUGGGGCUGGAGCAAGAGGAGCCUUCCUGGAAUGUAGUUAGCACUGUUAGUAUGAACUGAAAACUCUCACUAUCUUAUCUGAGCCGAGUGAAGAAAUUUGAAUAGUGGAUGUCUCUUUCCCACACACUGGACAAACUUAAGUGAAAAGAAAAAAGAAGAAAUUCUUCCAUAGGCUUCCAAAGGAAGUGGCAUGUGAUACCUUUCACUGAGGAGAAAGCAAGCAGUUUUAUUGGGCAAUCUGUCUGUGCUAGGAAUAACAUUGUGAAGUCAUGGAACUGUGUAGUCUUGGUAAUACCAUGGUCAGAAGAGAGAGCGAUAUGGAUCUCUGUUUGGAAAGAAAAUGGCUGCACUUCUGGAAACUUGAGAGUGGGUACUCCAAUUGAACCACUUGGGGGAAACAGAGGUGCCAUUGUGCUGAACUCUUGUAUGGAGCACAGGCUUGCAAGCUUGCUCAAAUAUCCCCAACUACUCCAUUAAUAUGCUUCAGAACAAACCCAAAAGGGUGCAGCGUCUCUCAACCGUACCUGAUGGACCUAAGAGGAAAAAAACAAAGCUGAGGGGGAAAAAGGCGAAAAUGUAGCUCUACCACUAGCAUGCUAUUCACCUGUGGUACAGAAGUGGACUAAGAAAUCUAAUAAUGUUAAGCAUCAUCUUCAUUGAUUUUUUGCAAGUGCUGCAUUCAGAGAAGAUCUCUUCCACUUUAGAUUUCCAGAUACUUUGACUUUGAGCUCUAACAGCUUUAUAACCGCCCUAAAGCCCCUCAUAAGUGCAUUGCAAUGGUCACAUGAGCAUUUGGGACGUGGUACCAGCACCAUUUUUGUCCUCUCUACUAUGGCACUUUAAGAGGAUAAAGCCAAAAAAGAUUUUUUUAAGUUGAAAGUAUUCCAAAAAAUGAAUCUUAUUGUGAAACUUCGUAGAAGUUUCAGAACACUGGUAAUUCUCUUAACCACCUUCUGUUUAGUAAGCAUAGUCAUUUCCGCCUAUUACUUAUAUACAGGCUACAAGCAGGAGAUGACCGUAGUUGAAGCCACUGGAGAAGCAGAAUGUGAGGGCCUUAAACAUUUACCAUACAGGUCCAUGGAGCUGAAGACCGCUAAGCCGAUGGAUCCAUCUAAUACUGAUCCUACUGUCUUGCUAUUUGUGGAGAGCCAGUACUCCCAGCUUGGACAAGAUAUCAUAGCGAUCCUCGAGUCUAGUCAAUUCCAAUACCAUAUGGUGAUUGCCCCUGGAAAAGGUGACAUUCCUCCUCUUACAGAUAGUGGCAAAGGGAAAUACAUGCUUGUUAUAUAUGAGAAUAUUUUAAAGUAUGUGUCCAUGGACUCAUGGAAUAGAGAGCUUCUGGAAAAAUACUGUGUGGAAUACAGUGUUAGCAUAAUUGGUUUUCAUAAAGCCAAUGAGAACAGUUUACCACGUACAAAAUUAAAAGGAUUUCCACUAGAACUUUACAAUAAUGUAGCCCUCAAAGAUUGCUUUGUAAACUCUCAAUCUCCUCUACUGCACAUUACCAAAGCACCAAGGGUUGAGAAAGGCCCACUACCUGGUGAAGACUGGACAGUUUUCCUCUUUAAUCACUCCACUUACCAGCCUGUGCUUUUAACUGAAUUACAGACUUCCAAAUCCAUCCCAGCAUCAUUGCCUAAAGCUGCACUGUAUGCUACAGUGAUCCAGGACUUGGGGCUGCAUGAUGGGAUUCAGAGAGUCCUUUUUGGAAACAACUUGACCUUUUGGCUACACAAGUUGAUCUUUAUAGAUGCCAUCUCUUUUCUGUCGGGGAAGAAGCUCACAUUGUCCUUGAAUAGGUACAUUCUUGUUGACAUAGAUGACAUCUUUGUUGGAAAGGAGGGAACAAGGAUGAAUGUCCAGGAUGUGAAGGCGUUACUAGAGACUCAAAAUUUACUGCGCACUCAGGUUGCAAAUUUUACCUUCAACCUUGGAUUUUCAGGAAAGUUUUACCACACAGGAACUGAAGAGGAGGAUGAAGGUGAUGACCUGUUGUUGGGCUCUGUGGAUGAAUUCUGGUGGUUUCCCCAUAUGUGGAGUCACAUGCAGCCUCAUCUCUUCCAUAAUGAGUCAUCACUGGUGGAGCAGAUGAUUCUCAACAAAGACUUUGCACUAGAACAUGGUAUUCCAACCGACAUGGGCUAUGCAGUGGCUCCGCACCACUCUGGGGUCUACCCUGUGCAUGUCCAGCUUUAUGAGGCCUGGAAGAAAGUCUGGGGUAUCCAAGUCACAAGCACAGAAGAGUAUCCACAUCUAAAACCUGCACGGUACAGACGGGGCUUCAUCCACAAUGGCAUCAUGGUACUUCCUCGACAAACCUGUGGUCUUUUCACCCACACAAUUUUCUACAAGGAGUAUCCUGGGGGUCCUCAAGAUUUGGACAAAAGCAUCCGAGGAGGUGAACUCUUCCUCACCAUCCUCCUGAAUCCCAUCAGCAUCUUCAUGACCCAUUUGUCCAACUACGGGAAUGACCGUCUGGGGUUGUACACCUUUUUGAAUCUGGCCAACUUUGUUAAGAGCUGGACUAACCUAAAACUACAGACCCUGCCUCCAGUUCAGCUUGCUCACAAGUACUUUGAACUCUUCCCUGAGCAAAAGGACCCUCUUUGGCAGAAUCCAUGUGAUGAUAAACGACAUAGGGAUAUCUGGUCCAGAGAUAAAACUUGUGACCAUCUACCGAAAUUUCUUGUGAUUGGACCUCAAAAAACAGGAACAACAGCACUUUAUUUAUUUCUCCUUAUGCAUCCUUCCAUAAUCAGUAAUCUCCCUAGUCCAAAAACUUUUGAAGAAGUUCAAUUCUUCAAUGGAAACAACUAUCACAAGGGAAUUGACUGGUACAUGGAUUUCUUUCCUACCCCUUCCAAUGUCACCACUGACUUUCUGUUUGAGAAAAGUGCCAACUACUUCCAUUCUGAGGAAGCUCCAAAACGAGCAGCUUCUUUGAUCCCCAAGGCCAAGAUUAUCACCAUUCUUAUUGACCCAUCAGAUCGGGCAUACUCCUGGUAUCAGCACCAGCGAUCUCAUGAGGACCCUGCUGCUCUGAAGUUUAAUUUCUAUGAAGUGAUUGCAUCAGACCAUUGGGCUCCUUCAGAGUUAAAGACUCUCCAGAAGAGAUGUCUGAUCCCUGGGUGGUAUGCUACCCAUAUAGAAAGAUGGUUAACUCACUUUCCCACUUCUCAGUUGCUAAUUAUUGAUGGACAACAGCUAAGAAGUGACCCAGCUACUGUGAUGGAUGAAGUGCAGAAGUUUCUGGGAGUCUCACCUCAUUAUAAUUACUCUGAAGCUCUAACGUUUGACCCUCAGAAGGGCUUUUGGUGUCAGCUGCUGGAAGGAGGAAAGACAAAAUGCCUGGGGAAAAGCAAAGGCCGAAAAUACCCACCCAUGGAUCAAGAGGCUAGAGCUUUUCUUUCAAACUACUACAGAGAUCACAAUGUGGAACUGUCCAAACUGCUGCACAGAUUGGGACAACCCCUGCCAUAUUGGUUGAGACAGGAGCUUCAGAAAGUGAGAUAACAUUGAAGUUCAGAGGACCAAACUCUCUAAUGACAGUUCCCGGCACUGUACAACCCCUCGAUUCCCCCAAGUCACUUGUGAUUGUCAGUAGAGGACCUCAUGAAUAACUGUCUCAAAAAUAAAUAAGAAUAUAAAACUGAUUUUAUAUGCACGCGCUGACAGCUAUUAGCAUCAACUCCUUUGUCAGCUUCUGGGACACAAUAUGGAGCUAUGUGGCAUUAUAUUUUAUCCAGCCUGGGACUCAUGCAUAGUCAAGUCCCUCUGUUACCAGAAUGUUCCAGAAACUGUAUGUCUGAUUGUCAGUCUUCAUCAUAUACGACAAAUAACAGCCUGUCAGGAUACAAGCAAAGGACAGAAACAUCACUCGGUGGAUCAUGAGAAUAUCCUUUUAAUGCAACUGAUAAGGUGUGAACCUAUCUACAGAUUGGACCCUCUUCACUAUCAUAUCUGGAAAAGUUAGCAGAAAAUAUGGAUUUGCAAACAACAGCGAUUCUUAAGUGUUCAUUAUUCCAGUGACUGGAUACUUUUAUAAAACUGUUCUGCAUCACUUGGAAAUCUUAAAAAAAAAAA